AUGAGAUCCUUAGCAUUCGUUACCCUUCUGGCCACAGCCUUGGCACAAGAAUACACCACGCUCACUUCCAAAUACUGCUACGCGGCCGGGCUCGUGUGCAAAACCACCACCGACUACGCGUCCGUCACCACCGUCACUGCGGAACACGCAACUGUGACCACAUGGGUGCCCGUCACGUAUGUUCCAACACUCGUUACUGUGGACGGCUCAGAGAGCUGGAAGCAGCUUAGUUACUCCACGUCGGUCAACGACUACGGCCAGUCAACCGUCCUUGUCACCUACUGUGACAUCAGCGUCUCCUCCACCAGCAGAGACACCUCCGUUGUCUCGUGCGACCAGCCGUACACCCAAACAGACACAAUCACCACCCAAACCACCGGCGCGGAUGGCCACGUUGCCACCACAACGGCCCUCACCACCUACGUGACGUCCCGCGCCUGUCCAACCACCACCUCGUGCCAUCUUUGUGAGUCGAGCAGCAGCAGCAGCAGUAGCAGUUCCACCAGCACUAGCUCGACGAGUUCAAGCAGCUCUACUAGCACCACCAGCUCGAGCAGUUCCACCAGUUCAACCAGCUCCACGACUUCCACUAGCUCUACAAGCUCUACAAGCUCCACCCCCACAUCCAGUUUGACAACGAGUUCUACCAGUUCUACAAGUUCUAGAAGCUCUACAAGUUCGACAAGUUCUACUAGUUCUACCAGCACGAGUUCAACUUCCUCCACUUCCUCCACUUCCUCCACUUCCUCCACUUCCUCUACUUCCUCUACUUCGUCCAGCUCCACCAGUUCUACUGGCUCCACCAGCUCCACAACUUCGACCAGUUCUAGUUCCAGCUCCACUCCGUCGAGCUCCACCCCAUCCUCCACAUCCUCCACGCUGACGUCUUCGACCACCCCGUCGUCCUCGACCACAUCGUCGACCACAUCAUCGACCCCUACCUCCUCCACUACAUCAUCGACCUCUACCUCCUCCACUACAUCGUCGACCCCUACCUCCUCCACUACCUCCACUACCUCCACUACCUCCUCCUCCUCCUCCAGCUCGGUCGCUCCAAAAACGUUCAGCUCAAGCUCUCCAACUCCCUCCUCCUCCACUUCCUCCACCACUCCAGUGUACAACUGCAACACCCCGUACACCGUCACGGAUACCGUCACCGUCAGCACCAACGGCGAAACAACCAUCUCCCUUGUCGAGUCCACCAUCUACUCCCAGUGCCCAACAGUCACAUACUCGUCCCAGGAGACAGUCACCAGCACCACUUGCACAGAGUGCGAGAGGAACCGGCCGUCGCUGGCUACCCAGAGCACAACCGUUCCGCAGAGCACCUGGAUCACUGAGACCUCGCAGUCCACAGUCACCUCCACCACCUGCACAGAAUGCACCGCCAGCGACACCACGUACACCGUCGACACCACCGUCUCCAGCGAGGUGACCGAGUACGUGACAACAUGUCCCGAGAGCACGGAGACAACCUCGAGCGAGACCACCAGUGAGACUACAAGUGAAACCUCCAGUGAGACCACCUCGUCCGUCUCCACUGUGUCCACGGAGUCCACCUCUACCUUGACUAGCUCUACCUCCUCCAUUGAGUUGACGUCCACCACUUACACCUCAUCCACCUCAUCUAGCAGCUCGUCGUUCUCUACAUUCACCUCCUCCGUGCCAACCACAUCCACCGAAAUCACCUCCUCCCCUACAUCCACCUACACCACCGCUCCGUCAAGCAUAUCCACCGAAUCGCUAGUUACUGAGUCUACAUCUGCGUCCCCCGCUUCUGCCUCCUCCACCCUCGCAGAAACAAGCACCUCGCCAGACCUGGUCACCACAGUCACCUCCGUCGUCGGCACAGUCACUGAGGUCACAGUGCAGACCGUCUGCACCGAGGCAAAAUGCACAGCUUCAACAUCCUCGGCAGCCGUGAGCUCGGCCUCCUCGUCGCUCGCGUCGGUCACCACCAGCGCCGGCACCUCGUCGGCCCCGGCCCUCUCACUCUUCGAAGCAGCAGCAGCAGCCCCAGCCUUGUCCUGGUCCGCGCUCGUCUUGCUCUUCGUUCACUUCAUUUGA